AAAAUUAGUUUACUGCCAGAAGUCAAGCUUAAGACAUUGAAUAGAAAAAUGCUGAAAAUUAAAUACAAUGCUAAAGAUGAGUAUUUGCAAAUUAAUCAAUUUUGGCUAAGAGAUCAUUGCCGAUGUAAUAAGUGUUAUAAUGAAACCACCAAACAGAGAAGAUAUAAUCUAUUGGACAUACCCAAGGAUGUUAAAGCUGAUGAUAUUACAUAUUUAAAUGAAGGAAAAUUAUUAAAAGUAACAUGGAGUGAUGGUCAUGUUUCACAAUACGAUAUGGAUUUUAUAUAUUUGGUACAAGUGGAGAAUAAUAAAUUGAGUAAUCAUUUUCAUGCUACUAAAACUAAAUGGAAUUUACCCAUAAUUCUACAAAAUGAAAGACAUUUGCGUUUUAAACUUACCGACUUGGUGGGCAAGGAGUCCUGUGUCAAGGAUUUGGUUACCUCACUGGUACGUUAUGGUCUGGUGUUUAUAGAUGAAGUGCCGGCAAAUACCACCAUGACAGAAAUGGCCAUACGUAGAGUUUUCCCCGUAAUGAAAACAUUUUUCGGAGAAAUGUAUACUUUUUCCGAUGCCCCCGAUCAUGCUGAUACAGCUUACACCAAAGAGUACAUUGGUUCUCAUACGGAUAAUACAUACUUUUGUGAUGCUGCUGGUCUACAAGCUCUGCAUUGUCUGGAACAUGUUAAUGGUACGGGUGGCGAGAACUUUUUUGUUGAUGGUUUACAUUGUGCCUUAGAAUUGAAAAGACGUAACCCUAAAGCUUUUGAAAUGCUUACAAAAGUUCAUGUGCCGGCCGAAUACAUAGAAGAUGGUCAACAUCAUACUCAUUCGGCGCCAAUUAUUCGAUUGGAUCCCAAUACUCAGGAAAUUAUACAAUUACGUUUAAAUGUCUAUGAUCGUGCGGUGUUUAAUACUUUGCCUCAACAUGAAAUGUCUGAGUUUUAUGAAAGUUUUCGUCAAUUUUUGGAAAUUGUACAAAGUAAAGAAAAUCAAUGGCGUCUUAAGUUGGAACCUGGUACUAUAGUUAUAUUUGACAACUGGCGUGUAUAUCAUGGACGUCAUGCCUACACCGGUCAUAGAACCAUGACUGGUUGCUAUGUUCAAAGAACGGAUUAUAUGAGCAAAGCUAGAGUAUUGGGUAUAAUUGAUUAAAAGUUUAAUUAUUUUUAUUAAAUUCAACAACAAAUGUAUU